AUGAGUAAGAACACUCUUGGUCUCGAAAGAAGCCUUGACCAACUUCACAGCCUAUUCACCUCCUUUUCCUCCAAGGCCCCAACUUCCUUGAUGUUAAGCUUGUUCAACAAGGUGAUGCUGGAGAUUGCUGACAUCGGCAUGACGACCAAAUCAUCCAUCACCAUAUACGUCACUACCCCUUUCACAAACCCACCUUCAUUACCCGCAGGUGGGCCCACAUACUGCAGAGCCUGCCCCAUUUUCUGGUGGCAGCCUGGACACGUGGCAGCUGGGCAAUCUGUGACGUUGUUAAUAGGGGGACCGGGGAGCAAUAAUCUGGUUUCAAAAGAUUCGUUGAGGUUCUCUAGGCUUUCGUACAAAUUGGCUAGUGACCCUGCCAUUCCCUGUUUUCCCAGCAGGCUAACGAGCCUAGCCACGGGUAUGGAGAGUAUGUGGAAUAGCAAAUCCACGCAGUCUUUGCCAGCCUCCGCAAAAAGGACCCGUUUCGCUUGGGUGUCCAUCAGGAGCUUCAUGCUUAACCUGCGACCAAUGUUUUGUUUGGCUAUUGAAGUGUCCAAGAAUAACGUUCAAAUCUGUUCUGCGGGUUAUGGAGAUGUUGAUGUUCACCCACCUGCUGUUGUUUGGAUGAACUACCACCAAUUCUUGCCUCCUCUGUUUGAACAAGAUCUGGGUUUACAGUGGCAGGUUCCCAUGAGCCCU